AUGUGUCGUCGAAUAUUGCUUGCAGAUGAAACUUUUUCCUCAAGCUGGCACAACAUUGAACUACCUGAAAUUGAAGUUCUAAUAUUGAACUUCCUGACAAGCUACUAUAGCCUGCCCACAUUCAUUGAGAAAAUGGACCAACUGAAGGUUCUCAUCAUCGCAAAUUAUGGUUCCUGCCCAGCUGAAGUAACCAACUUUCGGCUACCUGGUCUUUUAUCCAGUUUAAAGAAAAUCAGACUGGAGCAUGUUUCAAUUUCUUUCCUUAGUGAGUCCAGAUUACAGUUCAGGAAUUUGCGGAAGAUAUCCUUGAGUACGUGCAUAAUUGGCGAGACCUUUAGAAACUGUACUUUCAAGUUCGCCUAUGUGUUCCCAAAUCUUGAGGAGAUUGAUAUUCACUGUUGCAGUGAUCUAGCGGAACUGCCUGAGGGGCUCUGUGAUAUUAUCUGCCUCAAGAAGCUCAGCAUCUCUAAAUGUCAUGGCCUGGAAUCCUGGAUGCACUUCCCAAAAGACUUGAAAGGCUAA